CAAAUCAAUGUAGAGAAGGAAGGAAUCUUUGCCAGCCAGCAAGCGGAAUUCCCACUGGCUCAACACCCGGCUCAUUCCCGGAGCAAGGAGCUUGCCACGUACAGCGCUCGUCGGCUGCCCCCCAUCCCGUUUGGAAGCUACUCUCCCCAACCCAGGCAUCCAAGCCGACAGGCUCUUUUCCUUCCUGGAUUGUUAAGAGCCGAGAAGCCACAAUGUCUAAGAAACAGAGCCAUAAGGAUCCGACAGGGUUCAUUUUCCGACGUGCAGUCCAAGACGGUGCUGGCCCAGGGUGGGACCUUUGAGAACAUGAAGGAGAAGAUCAGUGCCGUCCGGGCUAUAGUCCCCAACCGGGGCAACAAUGAGAUCAUCCUGGUGUUGCAGCAUUUUGAUAACUGCGUGGACAAAACCGUGCAGGCCUUCAUGGAAGGCAGUGCCAGUGAAGUGCUGAAAGAGUGGACGGUGACGGGCAAGAAAAAGAACAAAAAGAAGAAAAGCAAACCCAAACCGGCCCCAGAGCCGAGCAAGCCGGGCCCACUCCCGGAAGAGCAGCCCGGGGUGCCCUCGGAGCAAAGCGGGCUCAAUGGCUACCAUGUCAAUGGGUCGGCCAAUGACACGUGAGUCCGAGUGGACUCAUUUGGCGAAGGGUUAGACGUGCCGUCCAUGGACAUCCGGGAUUCGGAGGACACCGAGCCAGCCGCUCCCGGAGGACCCUGAUGGGCCAGGCGAAUACACGACGGAGCAGGGUCCAGGCUUGCCAACGGCAUUUCUGAUUUUGAUCCCAAGUGUUUGGCGCUGCCGCCAGGCCAGGCCUCUCACCGUGCCCUGAGGCCCGAGUCCCGGAAUGCUGGCAGACCUCUCUCCAGGGCGGCCCCGGCUUCUCAGCUUUCAGCUCUGGGGUCUCUUGCCCACCUGGAAGACGUGCCACUCUCCUCGGCUAACAAAAAGCUAGGUUCCAACAUAGAAAAGUCCGUGAAAGACCUGCAGCGCUGCACUGUGUCCCUGGCACGCUAUCGGGUGGGUGGGUGAAGGAGGAGAUGGAUUGCUUCCAUCAAGAAAAUGAAGCAGGCCUUCGCCGACCUGCAGUGUUGCUUAAUGGACCGAGAAGUGGCACUGCUCGCCGAGAUGGACAAAGUGAAGGCCGAAGCCAUGGAGAUCCUGCUGAGCCGGCAGAAGAAAGCGGAGACGCUGAAGAAGAUGACCGACGUGGCUGUGCGGAUGUCAGAGGACCAACUGGUGGAGCUCCGAGCCGACAUCAAGCACUUUGUGAGUGAACGCAAAUAUGACGAGGAUCUUGGCCGUGUGGCCCGCUUCACCUGCGACGUGGACACACUGAAGAAGAGCAUCGACUCAUUCGGGCAAGUGUCCCAUCCAAAGAACAGCUACUCCACCAGAUCCCGAUGCAACUCGAGCAACUCGGGGUCCCUGAGCGGCCCCAGCCACGCCUCAGCGCCCUUCUCUUCCUCCUCCGCCUGUGCCUCCGCCCCCAGCCUCACCAUCGCCGCUGGCAAAAAAGCCAUGGCCCCUGGGGAGAGCCCUGCUGCUGGAGCCCACACCGGCAACCGACCCGCCCAGCCCCCUCGUGAGGUGUCCCAGGGGAACCGGAGAGGAGGUAGGGGGCAAGGCUCCCGUCCCCAAGGCCCGAAGCCCGGUGGCCCCCCUGGCCAGGGGCGGCCCGACAGCGGAAACCGACACCGCAAUGGCCCCGGGGCCCACCCAGGCUCCGGGCCCCACACCGCCCCACCCCAGCUGCCGGGGGGCACAGGCGAGCAGAGCCCAGCCCGGCCCCGGGGGACCAAUGGCACGGGAGCCGGCCCACCCAGCCACCUGUCCGCCCAGGGACGCUCGGGCCCCGGCCCCGCUGAGGCCAGAGGCCUCCCCCAGCGCAAGCCACGAGCCGGCCAGCCCGAGACCGUCAGAUCCUGAGCCUCCCGGCGCGGGCUCUGACCUCUCCACCCCUUCCCCAAACCGCUCCACCUGAUAACUGGACCGUAGGAAACGUGUAGCUAGGUUUGAUAACAGAGAAACGUUUACACACUCAUCAUCUCCGUGCCGCUUGAAACCGCCUGGGUCUCUGCUCCCCCUCCCACCUCGGUCUCCCCAGCCCCAGUCCCUCCUCACCAUCUCCUCGCGGGCCUGCUCGCCGGCAGCUGCGUCAGCCGAGUUAGCCGUUGUCAGGUAGGAGCUGGCUGGCCUCCUGGGGCAGACGCCUGGCUCCCGGGCCCCGCCCCGCCCCACCUCCCAUGGGAUCAGAGGCAGCCGCUUGCCAUCCCAGCCCUGGCAGGUCGGCUGCCCCCAGGAUUUCCCCCAGCAGCCACCUGGAGCGGAGGC